UAGUCUCCACUUUCAUUUGUUGAAUACAAUCUCUUUUACAAGAGAUUCAAGCAUCCAUUUUCAUUUAUUUAAUGCAAUCGAUAUGUAACUCACAAGAGUUUCAAGCAUCUUCUUUGAACUCACAGGAGAUUCAAGCAUCGUGCCUAUAUUGAAUUGAAGAAAACUUUGAGGUGGCGAUCCUAUCUCUUUAUCCAUCACCAAAUUUUGCUGUUGUUGCCCUGGUUGUUGCGUGCCUUUCGAUGAAAGCGAUCAGUCUAGAGGCACAGCUCACUGCCUUGAUUUUUUUGACAGAUGAAUUAUCUCUCUACCACUUUAAGAGAGAAAUAGGUCGUGCUUCUUAUGGAGCCUUUGAGCUUGUGGAAUGCGAGUGUUCCCUUAUGUGAUUGGCAAGGACUCGCAUGUAGCCGGCAAAAGAAGAGAGUUGUUGGAUUGGAAGUGGUUGGGCUUCACUUUAACGGCACUGUCAGUCCUCACAUUGGUAAUCUCUCCUACCUCACCAAUCUCAAGCUUAGUGGCAAUUUUUUCUAGGGCAAAAUCCCAAAGGAGAUUGGUCGCUUGAGUCACUUAAAGACUCUUGAUUUGAGUUUUAAUGAUAUCAGUGGAGCCAUCCCACCUGGAAUUGAAGACCUUGUUAGCUUGAGAUUGUUAAAUUUUAAGUCCAACAGCUUUCCAGUAGGAAUUGGACAACUUCAACAGUUAAGUUCAUUGCAAUUGUCGAUAAACAAGUAUUCUGGUGAACUGCCUACACGUUUAGGAAACUGUUCACAACUCCUUAUGUUGGACCUGCAUAGCAACUUAUUGAAAGGAACGAUUCCGAUGUCGUUUAAGAAUCUCAAGAGAGUCGAACUGCUAGAUCUUUAAAGGAAUCACCUAAGGGGGAAGAUUCCAAACUAUCUACAAGAUCUUCCACAUCUGAUCGGCUUAUAUUUGGAAUACGACAACUUAGAAGGAGAGGUUACACAGCAUGGGAUACUCAAGGAUCCUAAAUCAGUUUUACUUGGAGGCAACAACAAGCUCUAUGGGGGUGCAAAUUUUAUGAAACUUCAUGCUUGCCCCAACCAAUUUUCUCAGAAAAGACAUUCUGAUAAAAGAAUGGAAACAGUGAUCCUUGCCAUUGUGGUGCCUAUCCUGGCUUUGCUAUCAUGUGCACGUUUAGUGUUGAUCAGAAGAAUGGAACUAAGAAGCCACCUCCCUCUCAGUGUGCCACCCAUAAGGCAAUACAAAAAAGUGUCAUACGAAGAGCUCUAUGUUGCAACCGAUGGUUUUGACAUAGAUAAUUUGAUUGGCUUUGGCAGUUUUGGCUCGGUUUACAUGGGACGCCUUAGUGAUGGAACUAUUGUUGCGAUUAAGGUUCUCCAUCUAAAUCACCGUAGAGAUUUCAAGAGUUUUGAUGCAGAAUGUAGAGCCCUUCGUAGUAUCCGGCAUCGGAAUCUUGUUAAGUUAAUCACUUGUUGCACAAGCCGUGAUCUCAAAGGUGGUGACUUCAAAGCCUUGGUGUUUGAGUUUAUGCCAAAUGGUAGCUUGGAUCAGUGGCUCCACCCAACAACUCAUUUAGUUAUGCUUAGUGAAAUUCUAAACCGCAGUUUGAACCUAAGCCUCUUACAGAGGCUGAACAUUGCGAUCAAUGUAGCCUCUGCAAUGGAUUAUCUACACCAUGAUUGCCCGACGCCCGUUGUGCAUUGUGAUUUGAAACCUAGCAAUAUUCUUUUGGACAAAGACAUGACCGCGCAUGUUGGGGACUUCGGCUUAGCUCGAAUCCUUUCUCCUCUAACUCCAUUAGAGAAUCAGAGUAGCACACUGGGACUCAAAGGGUCCAUAGGAUAUAUACCUCCAGAGUAUGGAUUCGGUGUUAAAGCGUCUACAAGUGGAGACGUUUAUAGUUUUGGAAUUCUAUUGUUGGAGAUGUUCACCGGAAAGGGGCCCACCAGUGACAUGUUCCCAAAUGGAUUGAGCCUUUAUGAAUUUGUGAGUAAAGCAUAUCCUGAUCAAUUGAUGGAAAUUGUUGACACAGGGUUGCUUGAGGACGGCAGGGGAUUGGAAUGGCAAAAUCAGAUGAUGCCAUAUCUUGUGUCCAUUAUAGCUGUUGGGCUGUUAUGUUCCGUGGGUUCACCAAAAGAUCGGAUGAACAUGAGAGAUGCCUUAAAACAUUUGCAAGACAUCAAGCACUCACUUGGAAAGUUAUCUUUACAAAGAACAAGAGGGGCAUUGUGUGACUUGCCAUGUAACUUAAGCACUGUUCCUCUUGUCAGUCACUAGUCUUGUAUGCUUGGGGGUUCUUCUUAUCAAUAUUUUGGAAGAGUGGAUUAGUUUAAGCAAAUGAUGAGUCCUUUCUUUUCUUUUCUUCUUCUUCUUCAAUUAUUAUUAUUAUUUUUGUGGAACUUAAAUAUAUUUCUAUGUAACUCCACUCUUUGUGAAGUCAUUCCUCAUAUGUAAAA